GAACUAAAACUAUCUAUCUAUUUGAUAAAUUCUAAUUGUAAGUGUAUAUAAUUAGAAUAUAAUUUGGUUAUAUCUAUGCCCAGAAAAGAUAAAUUCAAAGAAAUUGGCAUAUUAACAGUAGCCUCUCAAUUGAUAUACAAUUACAUUAAAUUAGUAAUGUACUCUAUUUUAAUACUAGAAUCAAAAAUAAACUUUUUUUACCAUCAUGCAGGCUAAAGAAAGUUCUAUCAACAUUUAUGGGUCAAGGUAUACACUAUUAUAUCAAAAUUCCUAUGGCAAUUUUAAAAUUACCAAUGUUUAAAUUUAAAACCCAGAUUAAGAAUUGUCUACCCAGUAAAGGAUAUUAUACUGUUAAUAAAUAUUUAAACAACAAAACUGUUUGGUGUUUAAUAUGGCUUGUUUUUAUGUAUAUUAAUUACUUAUUGGUGACCUUUUUUGACUAGUUAUGUGUUUCGAUUGACUUAUAUACUGUUUUACAAUUUUUUUAAAAUCUAUUAUAAUGGAAAGUGACUUCAUAUUUUAAUGAAGUCAUUUUGCGAUCUUGAAAAAAAAGCAGCCUUUGCCGAGUUUCUUGACGGUUCUUCUCGGUACCAAUUCUUCCGCCGUAUACAUAUUUACGAACCGAUGGGGAGCGCUCAACUUUCAUAAGUGCUUGUAACAGAGUACUUGUGCCUAGACUGAAUAAAUAAAUUUGAUUUGAGAUAUUUUUUGUGCUAUAUCAAAAUUAAACCCUAGAACAACAAAUUUUCAAUUGAUGCAUUCACUGAUCUAUAUUCUAAUUCUUUGAAUAAUCAUUAUCAUUAGCCCAUUAAUGCGCCCACUUCCUUCCUUCCCAAAUAGAGAACAUCAAAGGAUUUCAAAAAUAAGUCUCAUGAUGGUUAUAAUAAUGUUAUUUAUAUCUUCUACCUAUUUUUUUAAUUCAAAAUAUUCGUCUUCUCCUUUCAGUAUCUACGAAAUAAUUUUUGAUCGGAUGACGAAAUGGUACCUUCAGAUAGAUCCAGUAUUCCGGAUGUCAAGCCGUUUCAGGGACAUGAGCAUGUUCAUGAGACUUAUUGAGAAUUUCAGCAAUGAUGUCAUAAAGUGCAGGAAGGAACAUUUAAAAAACAUUAGGGAGGAUUUCAAAUUAGAACAUAUGGAAAUGCAGGAAGAUGCUAUUCUCAGCGUUAUAGACAGGUUUAUAUUGUCCGGAGAACUUGAUAAAGAUACACUAAUAACAGAGACAUUCACUAUUUUCACGUCUGUAAGUAUUAGCAGCAAACAUUAUUAAAUUAUGCAUUUACACUCUAAACUAGCUUUCCGCCAGCAGCUUCGCCCGCAUGGUCCACUGCUACCUUACUCAUAGAUCUAAACUCCCCUCCCGCACGCGCACCCCCGGCUUGGUGAUGUCCACUUCGCAACGGACCGUGCAGCAGAAAUCGUAAUAUUUUAAUUUCGCCAUAACUUCAAAACCAAACGUCCAAUUUUAAUCAUUCAAAGACCAAAUAUUAUCUACAUAAGCUGUACUUAGUAAGAGAGUAAUUUAUUUUGAUAAGGAUUAAGAGCAUGAGUAAAAUAAACGCACUUAAAUGUAGUCCAAAAAAAGUUCAAUUUUUAAAUAAAAAUAUGAUUGUUGUGUCUCACUCGACAUAGAUAGGUAUAGUGUGUCGCGGACUUUUUUUGUAGGUAUUUAUAAAAUCUACAAUUAAUUAGAACAUUUUAUGAUUCUAUCUAUUAAAGUUUAGGCAACGUACGCAAAAUAAGUAACUUUUCUGUUUGAUUAAUACACCUUGUCUCCGAAAAACCCAAAUAUCUUACGGAAUCCUAUUUUUUUUUCUAAAAUAAAAUAUAGCUCAUGUUACUCGUAGAUAAUGUAGCUUACGAAAGGUGAAAUAAUUUUUAAAAUCGGUCCAGUAGUUCUUGAGCCUAUUUAUUACAAUUAAACAAACAAACAUACAAUCAUUCUCGCCACCCAUUCAUGACGUCUUGCAAAGAGAAAUGUGCACAACAAACUUAUCAUCUCUUUACAGUUGCAAUAUCAAUUACAUUUAGGGACAGUUGGGUUCAGUGAGGCAAAGAGCAAAGUAGAAUAUCGCUAGCAAUUUAAUCUCUAUUACAUUUUUAUUACUCUAAAAUAGAACUUUUUUUUUGUUUUAUUCACUUAGUCAGUAUAUUGACAGAAAAAACAUUUUUAAUCCCGCCAAACUGCUUAACAGUUUAUUGGCAGACCAAGCUCCCUUUACAUAAUUAACACUGUACUACUCAGAUAAACUGUCUGUCACAAUUGUGUUAUAGAAAUCAGAACAUCUUAAAUGGCAUGCACAAUUGAUCAACUACAUAUCAUAGUUUUCUAAUUAACAUCUGUUGGAUUCAACGACAUAUCAUACGUACAACAACAUAAAACAGAUAGUUAAAUUAAUUUUUAACAUUGCUUUAAUUAAAGACAAAUUUAGUGAUCAAUUUUAUAUAUUCUCAUUUAAUGUGAUCUAAUAAGUAGAUAAUCUACACACAUUGCCCCUUUACUUAUAAAUUACACCUUUUGUUAUUGUAAGAUAUUUUUCUCAAAAUUUUCAAGUAAAUAUUUUCUAUUUUAAGUAUGGCAGAUUUUUUUGUUAUAUAAUUAUCAAAUAAAUUCUGAGGUAAUUCGUUAUAAAUUCUAAACAAUAUAUAUUUAUUAAUUCUUUUACCGAAAUAGUUGUUAUAUUUUGCUACUAAAAAUAGUUUCCUUUUUCUUCUAUUAUAUCUAUAAUUUGUUCUGUAAAUAGUCCAUCACAGGUUUCUUAAACUUAUCAUUAUUUAAAUUAUCCAGAGCUAUUAACAAUGAUACUCUCUCAUGGACUGGUAGUAUAUUACAUCAUCAUCAUCAGCCGGAAGACGUCCACUGCUGAACAUAGGCCUCCCCCUUUGAGCGUAUAUAGUAUAUUACAUACUAUGAAUAAUUUUUCAUAGUUACUAAUAAAUAAAUAAAUAAAAUAAACCUUUAUUACUACUAUAUUACAUAAGCGUUUCCACGAUAGUUAAUCAAUUUUAUACUUUAUUUUAAUUUAUUAUUUUUAACUAUAUAUUUUCAAUUAUUAUAAAUUAUAUUUUAAUUUAUUUUUAUUAGUUUUUAAUAAUAGUAGUCGCCUUCUUGGCGUAGGCCUUCCCCAUUGUUUUCCAUAGGUUUCUAUGUCUGGCUCUUGUCAUCCAGCAUGGUU